AUCCGAUGCGCCUGAGUUUCUCUCUAGAAAGUCCCGCAAGACAGUUGCGCUCGCACAUAACUUGCAUACAAAUGUUUAUAUACGAACCUUUGCCAGUGCUUACGUAGGUUAACGAGGUGCUAUCAUUUGUAUGGUGUCCCCAGAGGUAGAAGCAAUCGAGGUUUAACACACAAAAUGAAAAUGAAAUUGAUUUAUUUGUGUUUGGUGAUGUGCGGUGCCGUCGUCAGUGCAGGCUCAAAGUCGUCAAAACGAAAUGAUCUCAAGAAGAGCCCAAGAAAUGAAAACGUCAUGGACGUCGAAGACUUCUCAGUUUACUACGACAUCGAAACCAACGAGAUGAUUAAAGACAUCAUGCCUCGACCCUGGUACAAACCUGGAUGGAUGCUGCGGCUGCCGUUCACAGGAGGCAGGUGCAACUGUGAGGGUCUGCAAUGCACUUGCUGCACCGGCAUCCGAAUCCAGGCCUUCAAGUUUGACAGGAGAACAUGUGCCGUGUUGACCUACGAGCCAACACAGUCACUCAUCGAUUUAGAAGUCAAAAUGAACAAUGAAAGCGUUUUCAGAGAUACUUUUUCGGCCCGCAAUCCUCCGCCAUUCUGCGUGCCGAUCCCGGUGCCGUAUCUGCCUCCAGGGUUGAUGGACAUGUGCGUGCGGCUCUUCGACAUAUCCGUGGUGGACCAGAAACUGCACGUCUGUAUGGACAUGGACACUAGAGUCGAUAAGGCGCCCGUGCUUAUUCUACAUUUCGACUGCAUGAACAUGGGUCUAAAUGGCGUAAGUUUAUCUAAACCCGGUAGUACCCAGACCCAUACAAGUAAUCAAACUGCGGUGGAACCUUCCCAGCUCGCCAGUGACGUUUAUGAUACCGUGAUUGAAAAUAUACCUUCGUCAGAGCCACCCAUGUUCAAUAACAGUAUUAAAUAUAUUUAAAUAAAUUAUUUACUGUAA